AUACAAGGAGAGCAGUCAAUAAAAAAUAGUCAUGGGCACCGUUACUCCAAUGAAUUCAAGAAAUUUGCGCUAUCUUUAUAUUUUUUAGGACCUAAAUGUUACAGAUGCCUAAGAAGAAGUUUUGUUUUACCUUCCAAGAGAGUCCCUCGAAAGAUAUGCGGUCAAAGUUAGUUAGUUGAGAGUGUAAACCCAAUUUUGUUCGAUAUUUUAAAAAUUAAAGUGAAUACUAUGAGUGAAAAUGACAAAAUCUGUGCACUGUGUGUUCAUGAAAUGAGCUUAAAAUGCAAUUUAUUUUAUAACUUUGGUAAUGAUGAAGUUGUAGGUUUAGAAUCCGAUGAAAAAAUUAAAACCAACAAGCCGGCCCAUUGUGUCACUACUAUAAUGGCUAGAGUUAGUACACCUCUAGCCAUUAUAAUGGAAACAUCCUUUAGGGUUGAAGUCCUUAUAUCGGAUAUGGGAACAAACUUAAUGGAAUUAUCAUCGUUAUUAAACGUUACGCCAGAUAAUCCUAAAACAACACUUGAUGGUCAAGAAAUAUUUUAUUACUUUGAUUCUCCACAUAUGAUUAAAACUAUCAGAAAUAUGAUGCUUAAAAACAGAUUUUGCGGGGAUGGUUAUCAAACAGCAUGGAAAUAUAUUGUGGAUUUUUACAACAGCAAUAGUAAACUACAAAAUCGCUUAGCACCUAAAUUAACGAAGCAACAUUUCGACCGUAACGGAUUUGAGCGACAAAAGGUAAAAUCGGCUACACAAGUUAUCAGCAAUACUGUUGCAUCUGGAUUAGCCACCUAUAUUUAUUUUAAAUAUCAAAAAGCAGAACAACAAAUAAUCGCUUUAACAAACUCUUCGAUAUUUUUAACAUAUCAAAUGGUCAAAAUGAGAGUAAUUUUAGUUUUAAAGCACAACAAGAAUACAUCGCACAUCUGCAAGAUACGCUUAACUUUUUAGAAAAACUAAAAGUUAUAAAUAAUAAGGGCAAAGAUAUUACAAAUACUUUAAAGUGCAUAACCGCAUGGAAAGUAGCAACUAACGCUUUGCUAAAAUUAUGGAAACAUCUAAAACAUAAGUACAAUGUUAAAUGUAUUUAUACUAGAAAUUUAAAUCAAGAUUGCCUUGACAACUUUUUUGGUAGUAUCAGAUAACAGUGUGGCAAUGCAAUAAAUCCAACACCAAUACAAUUUCGAAGAGCCUUCAGAAAAUUAUUCCUACUAUCUUUUUUUCACUCGGAACACAUGAACUGCACCGAAGACUUCAAUAAACUAUUAAUAGAUUUAGCCCAAUAUAAACCCGAAGAUUAUCCACGGAUUACUGAUACUGAUAAACCUGUUAAAUGUUUUCAGAUUAAUCACACAACAUAUUCCUAAAAACCGUUACCAGAGCAAAAUGCCUUCAAGUAUGUAGUCGGAUAGUUAAUUAACAAUUGUUUAAAUGUUCAUAUUUGUAAUGUGUGCAAAAGUUUUGCUGUAGCCGAUGCAAAUUUAAACGACUCUAAUGUUUUUUUGUAUUACAAAGCAUAUGAAACUAAGUAUAAUCCCUUUGGAGCGUUAAAGACACCCCAUGAAUCCUUUUAUAAUUAUAUUUAUUAUUUAGAAAAAAUAUUUUUUACUAACAAUAGACAAAUACAACACUAAAAAAGCUGUAGGGCAAGUCUGUAUUUGUUGUGUAUUGAAAUUAGGGAUUUUACUCACCCCUGUCCGUAUUUCCCUUUGGAUUAUUUAAUCAAAUUAUACAUAAGGUUAAGAAUUUAUUAUGUAAUGAAAUACUCAAAUAGAGAUUUUAAAACACAAACAAAAAAAG